GGGCGCAGGCGUGCUUCCCCUGCGCGCGGGAGAGAGUUAUGUGUUCGAGUCCCUGGGUCCCUUCCUGGGGGUUCUUGGUGCUGUGCUAUCUGCGUGUGAUUCUCUAGCGAGAGAUUGUGCGCGAGUGACCGAGUGGGCAAGGGGCUGUCACUGUGUGUGCGUGAUUGUUGUGACGGUGUGUGGUGGUCACUUCGACUCCGCGUGGGUCGCUGACUGUGUGACUGGUACCGUUUAGCGGUGGAUACACAAUUGUGUGCCGCUGUGGAAGAUUCCCUCAUCCGUUAAGUUCCCAUUUCCGUGGAACAGCAGUUUUACCAGAAGGUUUGGAAGGAGCCUUAAAAGUUUGGAAGGGCGGCUUUGGUGCCAUCACGUGUGAGAAGCCCAGGACUUUACACAUCCCGAGCCAGUGUGGUCCAAUAUGAUGGGGAGUCCGAGUGCCAGAUGCCGGUCAGGACCUGUUAUUCUGGGUCUCAGAAUGAGGAAGCCCUCCCUGUCCGAGAUGGAACAGUUCGUCCUUGAGUCAGGCCCGGAGUCCUGAGUUACUGUCUUUUGAUUUGAUCCUGUUUCCCUCAGACCUGCUCUACUUUCUCAGGAUACCAUCCCUCUCCUGGAGAGGAGCCUGAAGGAGUAGGACAGAAGAACUGUCAAAUUCUGGAAUCCUUAAAGCCAUGUCCAAGGAUUUGGUGACAUUUGGGGAUGUGGCUGUAAAUUUCUCUCAAGAGGAAUGGGAAUGGCUAAACCCCGCUCAGAGGAAUUUGUACAGGAAAGUGAUGUUGGAGAACUACAGGAGCUUGGUAUCACUGGCAGGAGUUUCUGUUUCUAAGCCAGAUGUGAUCUCAUUAUUGGAGCAAGGAAAAGAGCCCUGGAUGGUGAAGAAAGAGGGAACAAGAGGCACAUGCCCUGAUUGGGAGUAUGUAUUUAAAAACAGUGAAUUUUCAUCAAAGCAAGAGACAUAUGAAGAAUCAUCCACAGUUGUGACAGUGGGAACAAGACAUCUUAGUUAUAGCCUUGACUACCCCAAUUUGAGAGAAGACUGUCAAGGUAAGGACUGGUAUAAGAACCAGCUGGGAAGUCAAGAGGUACAUCUUAGGCAAUUAAUCAUCACUCAUAAGGAAAUCCUUCCAGAAGUUCAAAAUAAAGAAUAUAACAAAUCUUGGCAAACAUUCCACCAGGAUACAAUCUUUGAUAUACAACAGAGUUUUCCCACCAAAGAAAAAGAACAUAAGCAUGAACCACAAAAGAAAAGUUACCGGAAAAAAUCUGUUGAAAUGAAACAUAGGAAAGUCUAUGUAGAAAAGAAACUUUUGAAAUGUAAUGACUGUGAGAAAGUCUUCAACCAGAGCUCAUCCCUUACUCUUCAUCAGAGAAUUCAUACUGGAGAGAAACCCUAUGCAUGUGUUGAAUGUGGGAAAACGUUCAGCCAGAGUGCAAACUUGGCACAACAUAAGAGAAUACAUACUGGGGAGAAACCCUAUGAAUGUAAAGAAUGUAGGAAAGCCUUCAGCCAGAAUGCACACCUGGCCCAACAUCAGAGAGUUCAUACUGGAGAGAAACCCUAUCAGUGUAAAGAAUGUAAAAAAGCCUUCAGCCAGAUUGCACACCUGACUCAGCAUCAGAGAGUUCAUACUGGAGAGAGACCUUUUGAAUGUAUUGAAUGUGGAAAGGCCUUUAGUAAUGGUUCAUUUCUUGCUCAGCAUCAGAGAAUUCAUACAGGAGAGAAACCUUAUGUGUGUAAUGUGUGUGGGAAAGCCUUUAGCCAUCGUGGAUACCUAAUUGUACAUCAGAGAAUUCAUACUGGAGAGAGACCCUACGAAUGUAAGGAAUGUAGGAAAGCCUUCAGCCAGUAUGCACACCUUGCUCAACAUCAGAGAGUUCAUACUGGAGAAAAACCUUAUGAAUGUAAAGUAUGUAGGAAAGCCUUCAGCCAAAUUGCAUACCUUGAUCAACAUCAGAGGGUUCAUACUGGAGAGAAACCCUAUGAAUGUAUUGAAUGUGGGAAGGCCUUUAGCAAUAGUUCAUCACUUGCACAACAUCAGAGAAGUCAUACUGGAGAAAAACCCUAUAUGUGUAAAGAAUGUAGGAAAACAUUUAGCCAGAAUGCAGGCCUUGCUCAACAUCAGAGAAUUCAUACUGGAGAGAAACCUUAUGAAUGUAAUGUUUGUGGGAAAGCCUUUAGCUAUAGUGGAUCUCUUACUCUACAUCAGAGAAUUCAUACUGGAGAGAGACCCUAUGAAUGUAAAGAUUGCAGGAAAUCUUUCAGGCAGCGUGCACAUCUUGCUCAUCAUGAAAGAAUUCAUACUAUGGAGUCAUUCUUGACUCUUUCCUCUCCCUCACCCUCCACAUCAAAUCAGUUGUCAAGACCUGUAGGUUUCAUCUCCUGAAUAUGUCUGAAAUCUCACCUCUUUAAUCCAUUUCCAUUACAUCAUCCUUGUCCAAUGCACAUUAAUAUAUUUGACAUGGGAUACUCGAGUAGCUUUCCAAUUGGUCACCUUGUAUUCACCUUUGUCUGUGUCAGCUGUCCACAUUGCAGCCAAAUUUGUAUUUUAAAAAAAUAUGUUGAAUAUCAUUUCUCCCUCAUUAAAAUUCCUCAGUGGCAUCCCAUAGUUUUUAAGUUAAAGUACACAUUCUUCAAAAUAGCCUAAAAACCUAGCCUCUAACACCUUGUUCCAGGCUACCUUCCAAAGUUCCUAUCUUGUGUCACUACCCAUCUCAUUCUCUGAAUACUUAUCCAGGAUUAAGACACAUUUUCCAGAACCAAAAAGAUCUGGGUUCCAAUCUUUGCACUUCCAUUUUCUGCCCUCUAAUUUGGGGGCAGCAUUUUGUGCUUUGUAAGCUUCAGUCUGAUUUAUAGUGUGGGAAUAAUAAUGGUUCUACCUCAAAAGUUAAGAGAAGAAUGAAAUAAUGCAUGUAAAUUGCUCAGCAGCGUGCCUAGCAUAAAGUAAUUAAACAUUAAUGUAAAGUAAAAAGAUAACCAUACUAUACAUAGAAGAGCCGAUCAUCUCGGCCAUGAUUAUCUCAGAAAUAAAAAAGAGAUGCAGCAGCUCA